ACUUAAAGUACGUGUUCUCUCACACCCCGACCGAACACUUCUCUCUCUUUCUCUCUCUCUUUCACUCACUCUCCCUAUCUUCGACCAAUAACUAUGCAAACACUACUCUCGCCGGCAGCUCGCUCCGGCUUCUUCCCGGCGGCGCCACCGCAGUCCUUCCCAUCUCGCCCUUCCGCUUAUCACCUCCCUCUACGGUCAAUCCCCGCCUGCCACGCCCCCGGCCUCACUCUCUCUCCUUCUUCGCCUCUAAAUCACAGAGGAUCAAAGCUCUCCUCCGCCACUACUCUCAGGGCAUCCGCCACUCCAGUUUCUCAGACCUUCUCUUCCUCCGGCAAAAACGAAGACGAUAAGACCAAGCUCCUCCAGGUAGCUAAAAGGUUGGAGAUUACAGCGAGGUAUUUCAAGAGAUUGGGUAGUUUAGGGUUUUGGGGACAGCUGGUGUGCACUGUGGUGGCUGCUGUGAUACUUUCGUUUUCGGUUGUUGUAACUGGCAAGAUUUCGUCGCCGCCUACAUUUUAUGCCACUGCUGGUGGGAUUGUUGCGGCGUUCAUUUCUGUGUUUUGGUCAUUCGGGUACAUUAGGUUGUCCGAUAAGCUCCGGAAAACUGCGAGUGACCCUGCUAAGGCCCCUCCUCGUGCUGAUGUUAUCAAAAGCUUAAGGAAUGGGAUUGGACUGAACCUUUUGGGUAUGGGUGCUGCUGUUCUUGGUAUGCAAGCCACGGUAGGAAUAUUGGUUGCUAAGGCUCUUACGUCCUCAGCUACUCCAUACUACCAGGGUCUCUCUCCUGGAUACAGUCCUGUUCUUGCAUUGGAUGUAUUCUUGGUGCAGGCAUCCGCAAACACUAUCCUUUCGCAUUUCUUGGGGCUUGUUUUCUCACUAGAGCUGUUGCGCUCAGUUUCAUUGCCACCAUCUGAAAGCAGUCCAAUUCCUAGGAUGACUUAAGCUCUUCGCCACAACCCAACAUGGUGUAUUCUGAUGUUGAAGAUGUUCUGAGUUUGAUUGUAGAUGAGUGGAGUUACUGAGAUGUUAAUGAACAACUUAAUUCUGUAUCGUAUAUUUCGCAGAUUAUUCUGCCUGUUUCCAAUUGCAAAUUAUUUGGUUACGAGGGCCAGUGUACCCGGUCUCCCUUUGGCAGUGUUUUAAGUAACGGUAGGGUAAUGGCCAUUAGCAUAGUUGAUGUUUCAAUAAUGUCAAGGUGAGCUUGUGUCAACUUUCAGUAUAGCUUCAAUUGUAGUUGGUGCCAUGAGUUUUGUCAAAAUUUUUUUGCAGGACUGGAAACAUAUACCUGAGGAAGUGAGGAUUCUGUCAUAA